UUUUUGUGGUGCUGUAGUUGAGAAGAAGCUCUGCUAGCUCGUCUUUCCGAACAACAAACUGACUUUGCACUUUGGCGUCUAAUUUAUGUGUGAGGUUUCCUUCAGUUCAGUACUUCGCGACACUUUCGUGCGUAGCGCUAGUCGUGUUUAUAUUUUUGUCCAUCAUGGGUGAGCCGAAUCCGAAGCGAGCGAACGGUGGACCAGGUCCAAUCGAUGAAAAUGCAAAUGUCGUGUACAAAUUUUUGGUGGAUAGCAACGAAGCUGGACAUCUAAUCGGUUCGAAAGGCUCAUCCGUCGAUGCUAUUCAGAAUGAGUGUGGCUCAAAGAUCCGCAUUGCUUCCAACGGCCAGCACUUUCCCGGUACACAGCGUCGUACCCUCAUGAUCCAGGGCGUUUACACGUCAGUGCAGCGGGGCAUCGACAUUCUGCUGGACCGUGUGUACGACGAAAGACUGCGCAACAGGCAGACAGUGGAGACUGGCCUACUGGGAAUGGAAGUCAUAGUGCCGAACAGUACAGCAGGUAAAAUCAUUGGCCGUGGUGGUGAGAACAUCGCCAAGGUUCAGGCGGAGUGCAACGUUCAGAUUACAGUUCACAAGCACGGUACAGGUGAGUAUAAUCAGGAGCGAAGAGUCACCAUGCAGGCCAAUAACAGCGUUGAUGACCUGCGCAAGGCCAUGCAUAACCUCCUCGACUGGGUGUCUAAGGACGGGCAGUCACUUAACUUCCCUAACGUCCGCUACGGCGAGGAUGCUGAGCAAUUUGCUGCUGCCGGUACACCAGCACGUGGUGGCAGCAGCAGUGGAUAUGACGAGUAUAGUCGACGGGGAUCGUCCUCAGGUCACCCUGACCAGGCCUGGGCUACUCCGGGUCCUGACAGAAGAUUCUCGGCAAGUGCUACCGGGCCACCGCCCCGUCAAGCUGGGUCAUGUCACGUACAGGUGAAGGCAACUCUUGAAGCACCCAUCCCCGACUCACUGUGCUGGUCACUGCUUCGCGACAAUGGCGUCCGUCUGGACAUGCUGGGCCGUGAAACCGGUGCUAGCGUGAGUGUGCAACACAGCGGUGAGCUAGACGAUGGCCAGCUGAUACGCAACUCCCUCGCAAUCAUCAAGGGAACCUUGAGACAGGCGCAGGCAGCGCUGCUGGAGGUUGAGCGUCUCAUUUUGACGAACCCUCAGUAGGGAGACUGGCCUGGCCUGCUUCGCUCUUCUACUUCCAUUCCUGCAAGGUUUAUGCAGGUUUUCUGGUGCAAACUGAUGCAGAUCUGAUGAUUCCCAGGACUAGAACGGAUCCAUAUUGUCCUGUUAUUGGGAUUAGACAUGUGGUGGGGGCAGAGGUGUUACAUUUCGCUGAACAAACACUCUCGUACUGCUGUUGCUUUGUUGUGGCCAGCCUCUACCAGACAGACAUUCUUCUCUGGCUCUUACACUGCCUCUCAUCAUCCUGCUGCAUGCUUCAGUGUCCUCUGAUUCUCGCUUUGAGAUUUCCGCUUUUUGCUGUGCUCGUACGUUUGUGUGAGUGUUUUUGUUUGUGUGUGUGGUUGUGUGCGCGUGCCUGCUUACGCGAGCAUGCGACUGUUGUGUUUUCAUUUAGCCCGUUUAUGCGUGAACUGCAUGCCAGCCCUGCCUCCUCUCCCCCACGUAUGUUGUACUUCAGUACACUACUAUGGUGCAUUCCCUAGCGUCAGUUUCAUAUUGCAAUCUCUCUUCCCUUCGUCCGAACUGCGUCUUGAGUUAUGUGCAGUUUGCCCUCAAAUUUAGAUGCCGCGAGGUAACUGUCUGCCUGACAAUGGUGUUACUCGUGCCUCGCUGCCUUAUCUCAUGGCUUCCUUUCAUGUCUGUGUGUGUGUUUUUUGUCAGGUUUUUGAGAGUGAUGCUGCUGAUCGUAUUCAUUUUUGCAGCUUCAUGUUCAUGAACACUGUCACUGUACACGAUCUUGGUAGCCAUGUUUGGAUGCUCUCAUCUCAUUACUAUA